UAAAGUUGCAUACACCUAGCAAUGUGAUUGAUCGAAAUUUCAUAGACAAAAUUUGGUUUACAGUCCGUCUUAUACCUUCAGUUUAUUUAUUUACUUUUGAUCAAUGAAGUUGUAACAAACUUACAACUGUCUCUUCAUACAUAAACACUUUUCAGAUACAUCUCUCCACCAUGGGUAACACUGUAUCUGCUGCUGAGAUAGCAGCGACGCAGAUCGUGCACCCAAAUCUUACUGCAAGUGAACCACAGAAGCCCCAUCAUCAUGAACACAUGAAGCAGUAUGCACAAGGUGAAAUCCCUCCGGAAUGUCCCAUGCAUCAGAAGGCUGCACCAGCUAAACCGACAGCUGCUGGAGAAUGUCCAGUGAAACAUGAUAACACUGAUAUUAACCCAUUGAAUAUGAUGCCUCCAGCAAAUCAGCAACCUGCUCCGGAUCAGCCAUUCUUGCUGCCAACGGAACGUCAGGUGUCAUCUAUUCCUAAAUCUAUUGUGAAUGAGGGUGAGAGUGCAUUCUGGGUCUAUCCUAGUCAACAGAUGUUUUGGAAUGCCAUGUUAAGGAAGGGUUGGAGAUGGAAGGAUGAGGAUAUUAAGGAGAAAGAUAUGGAUGAUAUUAUUAAGAUCCAUAAUGCUAACAAUGAGCAAGCCUGGCAAGAGGUUCUUAAAUGGGAGGCUAUGCAUGCUUCAGAGUGCUGUGCACCAAAAUUGAAGAGUUUCGGAGGGAAAGCUUCUAAUUACAGUCCGAGAGCGAGGAUCAGGCAGAUGAUGGGUUACGAAUUGCCUUUCGACAGGCACGACUGGAUUGUAGACAGGUGCGGGAAGGAUGUGAGAUACGUGAUCGAUUAUUACGAUGGCGGAGCUGUAGACAAGAACAACCGUUUCGCGUUAUUGGAUGUUAGGCCCGCGAUGGACAGUUUGGAUAAUGUGUGGGACAGGAUGAAGGUGGCUUGGUAUAGAUGGAUGUACAGUAACGAAUAAAUGCAGCAGCAGUAGAUUCGUGUAUUUAUUGGACGUUCGAUUGCGGCUUUAAAUUAUCUGUAUGUAAUUGAACUGAAGAAUGCGCUCGUUCUUAAUAUUAUUUGGUUUUGAUUCAAUAAAAUCACCGUCGUUGAAUUGAGA